GAUCAAAGCGGAAGUAAUCGUUCAUUUUGGGUUUGAAGAAAAACUUUAAAAUAUAAGAAAAUAUUGAGAAGAAAACACAAGUAAGGUGCAGAUUAAAAUGAGUAAUUUGAACCAAAAUAAGAAUUAAGUUUUAAAAUAAUUUCAAAAAUACUCUCCGUUACUUCGCCUGUUUCUCGUCUUCAGUCGUAAACGUUUCGAAUUUCGAAUCUUUUUUUUGGACUCCAUUUCGACAGCGCAGAACAAAUACAGGACAGAGAAGAUGAGUGUUUCUACAAGGAAAGAAGACAGAGCAGAGUCUCCAGGACCCGGCUGUCUGUCUGUGAAGACUGACUGGUCCAAGGGUCUGCCUGUGGACUUCAGUCCUGAACCAGGGCCUGAACCAGACACACGCUCCACACCUCAGGCUGGACUCUCACAGCAUUCAGUGGACAUUGGUCUGCAGAAGGUUGUAGAAGAACAUAAACUCAGUCUGAGGACCAGAUGUGAACAUGUGACUGAAGGAGCAGAUGAUACAGGGAGUAGAACCCUCCUCAACAACAUCUACACUGAGCUCUACAUCACAGAGGGACAGAGUGGGGAGGUCAACACCCAACACGAGGUGAAACAGCUGGAGACUGCUGCCAAGAAGAAGAUCAUCAACGACACUCCCAUCAAGUGCUGUGACAUCUUCAAAGCCUUACCUGACCAGCAGGGGGCCAUCAGAGUGGUCCUGACCAACGGUGUGGCUGGUGUUGGAAAAACCUUCUCAGUGAUGAAGUUCACUCUGGACUGGGCUGAGGGUUUGGAAAACCAGGAUGUGAGUCUGCUGGUUCUGUUUUCAUUCAGAGAGCUGAACCUGAUCAGAGAUAAGCAGGUCAACCUUCUCCAGCUGCUCGAGGUUUUCCAUCCAACAUUAGAGAAGAUCACAGCAGAGAAGCUCACUGUCUGUCAGCUGUUGUUCAUCUUUGAUGGUCUGGAUGAAAGCAGACUCUCACUGGACUUCAACAACAUGGAGGUUGUGACUGAUGUCACACAGACGUCAUCAGUCAAUGUUCUGCUGACAAACAAGUACAGUGGAGGACAUGAGACCGGUCUGUUGAAAUUAACAGACGCUGACAGAGAUGUUCUUCUGAAGCUGGGGAGGCUGGCAUUUGAACAUCUGCAGAAAGGAAACAUCAUGUUCUACCAAGAAGAUCUGGACCAAUGUGGUCUGGAUUUUUCCCAGGUCAUGGUCUACUCAGGAGUUUGUACUGAGAUCUUCAGAAAAGAGAGUGUGAUCUUCAAGAAAACAGUCUACUGCUUUGUUCAUCUGAGUGUUCAGGAGUUUCUGGCUGCAGUCUACAUGUUCCACUGCUACACCAACAGGAGGACACAGGGACUGCGGGACUUCAUUGACUUCAGUACAUAUGACUCUUCACUGAAACAGUUACUCAGUAAAACCAUGGAGAAGUCCCUCCAAAGUAAAAGUGGCCACCUGGACCUGUUUGUUCGCUUCCUUUAUGGUCUGUGUCUGGAGUCCAACCAGAGAAUCUUAGGAGACCUCCUGGGUCAGACAGACUACAGUCCAGAAGUCAUUCCAAAGGUCUUUGAAGACCUGAAACACAUGAAGACGUACAGAGUAUCUCCAGACAGAAGCAUCAACAUCUUCCACUGUCUGACAGAGUUGAAGGAUAAGUCAGUUUAUCAGCAGAUCCAGGAGUUCCUAAAGUCAAAGAACAGAGACCAGGAACUCUCUGAGAUCCAGUGCUCAGCUCUGGCCUACAUGCUGCAGAUGUCAGAGGAGAUUCUGGAUCAGUUGGACCUGGACCAGUAUAACACAUCACUGGAGGGAAAAUGGAGACUGAUCCCAGCUGUGAGGAACUGCAGGAAGGCUCGACUGAAGUCUUGUCAACUCUCAGAGACUGACUCUGAAAUUGUGGCCUCAGCUCUAAAGUCCAGUCCCUCACAUCUGAUAGAACUGGACUUGAGCAGCAACUUCCUGGAGGAUCCCGUAGUAGAUCAUCUGUGUUCUGGACUGAAGAGUCCACACUGCGGACUGAAGAGUCUGACGUUGUGGAAAUGCAGGUUGUCAGAGAUCGGCUGUUCUUCUCUGUUCUCAGCUCUGAGGUCCAACCCCUCCCGUCUGAGGAAAAUGAACCUGAGCUCUAACAAUCUUCAUGAUUCAUCAGUGGAGGCUCUGUGUGGUUUUCUUCAGAGUCCACUCUGUGAACUGGAGUCUCUGUGGUUGGUGAACUGCAGGUUGUCAGAGAUCGGCUGUUCUUCUCUGUUCUCAGCUCUGAAGUCCAACCCCUCCCAUCUGAGGCAACUGGACCUGAGCUCUAACAAUCUUCAUGAUUCAUCAGUGGAGGUUCUGUGUGGUUUUCUUCAGAGUCCACUCUGUGAACUGGAGACUCUGUGGUUGUGGAAAUGCGGGUUGUCAGAGAUCGGCUGUUCUUCUCUGUUCUCAGCCCUGAAGUCCAACCCUUCCCAUCUGAGGAAACUGGAGCUGAGCUUUAACAACAUUCAUGAUUCAGGAGUGGAGGCUCUGUGUGGUUUUCUUCAGAGUCCACUCUGUGAACUGGAGACUCUGAGGUUGGUGAACUGCAGGUUGUCAGAGAUCGGCUGUUCUUCUCUGGUCUCAGCUCUGAAGUCCAACCCCUCCCAUCUGAGGGAACUGGACCUGAGUGACAACAACCUUCAUGAUUCAUCAGUGGAGGCUCUGUGUGAUCUAGUGAAGAGUCCAAACUACAGACUGGAGGAUCUGAAGUGGGAGUCCUGAACCUCAUGAAGAUCAUGCUGUCAAUGCAGUGGACCCAGAAACAAGAAGGAACCUUCAGACCAUCAGGAAAGUUCUUUGUGUGAGCAUGUAUAACCCACCAAAGCACAAACUCGGUCAGUCAAACCGUGUGUCCUGAUAAGAACCAGUCACUGUUCUCACCCUAAUAUUCAGACAUGAUUUUUGGAGCCUAGAGAGGACAGCAGUGAGGCAGGGUUUCUGAGAAACAGUUUGUGACUUUUUCCCCUUUCUGUUGUCAAUAAUUAAAGUAAUUGUUAUUUUAUUUUUAUGUUUGAGCACAGUAUUUUUGGAAAGAACACAAAAACGUAACAUUAUAUUUUCUUUAUUUUUAAGAUCUGCACGAAUGACAUUUAUAUAAAACACAUUAAAGUACUAAAUAAAGUAAUAUACAACUUGCA